GUACGAUGUGGUGGUCAAGCUGGUUAGCCGUGCUGGUUGCCCUUUUGGGUGUGGCCGUCGCUGCAGCCAUUUAUUAUAUCAUUCGGAAGCAGUCUUACUGGAAGGACCGGGGUGUCCCGUACCUGGAGCCACUGUUUUUGUACGGUAUCUUCAAGGGCGUCGGAAGUAAGGUACACGUCUUGUCAGCGUUGCAGGAUGUCUACAACGCACGCAAGACAAGCCAUCCGUUUGUCGGGACGUACAUGUUUACCGUUCCGGUGGCCAUCGUCACCGAUUUGGAGCUGCUGAAGAACAUUUUCGUGAAGGACUUUCACUAUUUUCACGACCGCGGUGGGUACUACAACAAAAAGCACGAUCCGUUGACGGCGCAUCUGUUCAAUCUGGAGGGCCAGGAGUGGCGCUCGUUGCGCAACAAGCUGUCGCCGACGUUCACCUCCGGCAAGAUGAAGAUGAUGUUUCCGACGAUGGUGGCAGUUGGCAGACAGUUUGGCGAACACCUUCAGGAAGUGGUGGCCGCGGAUGAGGGAAGCGUGCUGAACCUGUUGGAUCUAGUGGCCCGCUUCACGACGGAC